AUGGAUCAGGAAGAGGAGAAUGGAUAUUUUUUUAAUAUGACUUUGCAGUAUCAAUAUGUUAUUUAAUUUAUUAGUAAAAAGAGCUUUUCUGGAGCCUUUAAAGAUCACUCAGAAGUUCAUCAAAUUUUAUCCAACAUCUAUUUUAGUACACUCUUAGGAUUUAAAAUAAGAAUGCCGUAAUUAAUUCAUUUUAUUAUUUUUAUAAUUAGUGCAAAUGAACUCAUAGAUGAUGUGGAUUUUGAUAAAGUUGUUUUUCUAUUUGAAAAUUAGAGUUUUACACCAGAUUCUAUGACACAUAUUCUAAUUAAUUCAGAGUAGACAAUUUAUAAUAAAUUAAUAGAAAAGGCAAUUUUUUAUCUCCUAAAACCUAUUAUAAAAUACUUCAACCAUUUACUUCAAAUCUCAAGAUGUUGUCUUUAAAUAUUGAAGAUAAUGCAGGUCUUUCAAUUGUUGAAUGGUUAACUCAUUUAUCUAGAAUUAUUUAAUCAUGUGUUUAACUUAAUUAAAUCUUUAUAGACAUCAAAAAAUUUGUUUCUAUUAUUCUCAAUAAAGGUUACUUUUAAAUCAAAAUUAAGUAUUUCUUAAAUUUACAUUAGAUCUGGAAUUACAUCUGAUGGAACAAGCUUUGAAUAAUUAGCACUUUUGAGUUUUAAAUUGUAAUUCAAUAAAUUUAGAUUAAAAAUUGAAGAAGAUAAUGUAAUUAAAGAUAGUUUAGAUAACUUUGGUCCAAUUCUUUUUAAUUGUUAAGAAUUAAAUUCAUUUUCAUUAACAAUUGGGUACUUAUUAAUUUUAAUUCAAUUUUAAGUAAAUCUUGUUAAUUAAAUUCAAUGAAAGUCUUACAAUAUUUAGAAAAUCAACCAAUUAAAUAUUUUAAAUUAAAGAUUGGCAAUUCUAAUUAAAUAGAUAGUAAAGUAUUGUCUACAAUUUAGAAAUUGGUGUAGAAUUAAUUAAAAUAAUUAAAUAUAUAAGUUGGGUAAAUUUAUUUUAAUUUAACGAUUUUAGAAGCUCGACAAAAAUAUUUAAAUCCUUUUAAUUGUUACCAAUAUAACAAAGUAAAUUAGAGAAUUUGUGUUUAAGAAUUGGAAAAAACAAUGAAUUCCAAAAUGGAGGAGCUAACUUCUUAGCUUUAUUAUUAGAAUCAUCAUAAUUAGAGAUAGUGAAGAUUAGUAUUGGAGAUUCAAAUUAGAUGACAGAUUUAUAAGCAUUAUAAAUUUUUAUUCUCCUGUAAAAAUUAAGAACUGUAAAAAUUUUGGAAUUAGAAUUUGAGUAAUUAAUUUAUUAAAAUAAAUUAGGAGAAACAUUUGUGUAAAUAAGUAUUGUUUAGAUUAAUUAGAGAAACUUAUUAAUAAAAGCAACAAUUUAAAUAGUCUGUCUUUAGAUUUUGCAAAGCAAUAACAAAGUUUAGAUUUUACAAAUUUAUUUAAUACUUUGGGUUGGAAGAGAAAUUUAGUUAAUUUGAAUUUAAGUAUUGGUGGACAAUAAGAUUUGCCUGAUUUGACAAUUUUUGGUGAGAGACUAAGAUAAUUGGAAUAUUUGAGUGUAUUCAAGAUUCAUUUGAAAGGGAAUAAUAAUGUGGAUUAUUUAAAAUUGUAAGAAUUUUUGAUUAAAGUAAAAUUAAAUAAAACAUUAAAUUUAUUGUCAAUAAAAACAGGUUCUUAGAAAUCUAGUGAGUAUAGAUUAGAAGAAAUGAAAUAAAAUGCAUGGCUUUUAAAAAAGGUUUGUUUAAUUGGAAAACCAAUAAUAAUAUACUUUAGUCAUUUAAAUGAUUAAAUAAGUUAUUAAUAUAAUUUUGAUAGAUUAUAAUUAACUGGAAUUUAAUAAGUGUUAUCGAGAGAUAUUUUGAUGCCUAUUCCUUCAAAUUAAUUGGUGAUAUAGAUAUCAGAGAGUUUUAUUAUAGAUGAUUAAUAUUUACAAUAAAUUUUCAGUUUGAUAAAGGAGUAGGAGUAUAUAGAUAUAAAAGUAUCUAAUCUUUAGAUUAAAUAUUUAAAAGGAGCUUCUAUAAUAAAGGUGGGAAGAUUAAAUGAUCUUUAAUAGUUUAUGAUUUUUACAGAUAGACAAAUAACAGAGAUUUAGAUGUAUAAAAAAAAUUAAAUUAGAUUUGAAGAGAAUUUAAAUUGGCUAGAUAUAAGUGGAAUAAUAUAAAAAUUGAUUUAAAGAUAAAUAAUAGCUUAAAUUCCAGAAUUUAAAUUUUUUACUAAAGAAAUAAAAAUAAUUUUAAUAAAAGCAAGAUUAACAAUAAUAGGGUAAGAAUUUAAAUUAAAAGAUUUAGAGUAGAUACAUUUUAAUUGGAAUAACAAGGAUUUUAAUAAUUUUGUGAGUUUUUAAGUAUUACAUCAUAUUUUGAAGUGAGAUGGUUAUAAAUAGAUUUAAAAAUAGUAAAUUUUGAUUAGAAAUGGGAUGAAUUAAGUAGUUCAUUAAUAAAUUUCCAUGAAUUGUAAGAAUUAGAUUUGAAAUUAAUUACAAUGUCACAUGCAGAAGGAAAUUGUAAGAAUUAUAAAUAAUUUCAUUACAAUAUGUGUAAGAUAUUUAUAAUGAAUAAAUAUCUGACAAAAUAUGAUUAGUACUACUUUUUAUAAAUAUAAUUAAAUAGUUUUAGCGAGAAAAAAGUGUUUCCAGUUGCUUUAUAAUUACAUUUGGGUAGUGAAAUAAAAGAUUUGGAAACAUAGAUUUAAUAAUAAGGAGAGUAAGUUUAAAGGAUUUUAAAUGGUUAACCAAAUCCAGGAGAUUAGAAUAUUCCAUUUGAGGAAUUAUAAUAAAAUUUAUAAGGGAAUAAAAAGGAUUUGGAAUAAAGAAAUAAAGAUAUAAAAGAAGGAUUAUAAUUGGAGAGAAUAAAAAGUAAAGUGUUAUUAAAAAGAAGAAGAUUGACAUAUUAAUACUUUAUGGCAAUGUAUAAGUUUGGUUCUAGAUUGAAUAAAUAGUAAAUGAUAUCUGACAUAAUGGAAAUGUUAUGA